AUGGCGCACGCUGGCGGCGGCGGCAGCGGCGGCAGCACGGUGGAGGACGCCCUCACCUACCUGGACCAGGUGAAGAUUCGCUUCGGCAGUGACCCCGCAACCUACAACGGCUUCCUGGAGAUCAUGAAGGAGUUCAAAAGCCAGAGCAUCGAUACUCCCGGAGUCAUCCGACGCGUGUCGCAGCUAUUCCACGAACACCCUGACCUCAUUGUUGGAUUCAACGCCUUCCUUCCCCUCGGGUACCGAAUAGACAUUCCCAAGAAUGGCAAGUUAAACAUACAGUCGCCUCUGUCGAGCCAGGAGAAUUCGCACAACCACAGCGACUGCACGGAGAACUUCAAGCAGCAGAUGCUGUACAAGGAGGACAAAGCCCAGGUGCCCUUGGAGUCAGAUUCCGUGGAGUUCAACAACGCCAUCAGCUACGUGAACAAGAUUAAGACCCGUUUUCUAGACCACCCGGAGAUCUAUAGAUCGUUCUUGGAGAUCUUGCACACUUACCAGAAGGAGCAGCUGAGCACGAAGGGCCGGCCAUUCCGAGGCAUGUCCGAGGAGGAGGUGUUCACCGAGGUGGCCAAUCUCUUCCGGGGCCAGGAGGACCUGCUGUCCGAGUUUGGACAGUUCCUGCCUGAAGCCAAGCGCUCCCUGUUCACGGGAAAUGGACCAUGCGAAAUGAACAACGUCCAGAAGAGUGAGCAUGAGAAGAAUCUGGAACACAGCAAAAAGCGCUCUCGGCCCUCGCUCCUCCGUCCGGUGUCUGCACCAGCCAAGAAGAAAAUGAAACUCCGAGGUACCAAAGACCUGUCCAUCGCUGCCGUGGGCAAGUAUGGCACGCUGCAGGAGUUCUCCUUCUUUGACAAGGUUCGCAGGGUGCUGAAGAGCCAGGAGGUCUACGAGAACUUCCUUCGCUGCAUCGCACUCUUCAACCAGGAGCUCGUGUCCGGCUCUGAGCUCCUCCAGCUCGUCAGCCCGUUUCUCGGGAAAUUUCCAGAACUCUUUGCACAGUUCAAGUCCUUCCUGGGGGUAAAGGAGCUGUCAUUCGCCCCGCCCAUGAGCGACAGAUCCGGGGAUGGAAUCAGCCGGGAAAUUGACUACGCGUCUUGCAAACGCAUUGGAUCCAGCUACCGAGCGCUCCCCAAAACCUACCAGCAGCCCAAGUGCAGUGGGAGGACGGCCAUCUGCAAGGAGGUGCUGAAUGACACCUGGGUCUCCUUCCCCUCCUGGUCAGAGGACUCCACUUUCGUCAGUUCCAAGAAGACCCCCUACGAGGAGCAGCUGCACCGCUGUGAGGACGAGCGUUUCGAGUUAGAUGUCGUCCUGGAGACCAACCUGGCCACGAUCCGUGUGUUGGAAAGUGUGCAGAAGAAGCUUUCCCGGAUGGCGCCUGAGGACCAGGAGAAGUUCCGGCUGGAUGACUGUCUGGGGGGCACGUCGGAGGUGAUCCAGCGCCGUGCCAUCCACCGUAUUUAUGGCGACAAGGCUCCAGAGAUCAUCGAGAGCCUCAAGAAGAACCCUGUCACUGCUGUCCCUGUCGUCCUGAAAAGGCUGAAGGCCAAGGAGGAGGAGUGGCGGGAGGCCCAGCAGGGCUUCAACAAGAUCUGGCGGGAGCAGUACGAGAAGGCAUAUCUCAAGUCCCUGGACCAUCAGGCCGUGAACUUCAAACAGAACGACACCAAGGCCCUCCGCUCCAAGAGCUUGCUCAAUGAGAUCGAGAGCGUCUACGAUGAGCGUCACCCUGGCUUUGUAGGGCUGGAAUGGAUGCUUCUGUGGCACUCGGCCUAG